CUUUUGAUUUUACAAGCCGUUGCAUUAAUAGUUGAAGUACGCCCUCAGGGAGUUGUCCCAUCGUUUCACGCAACUCAACUCUUGCAAGCUCCAAAAGGACAUUAUGUGGAACUGAGUUUCACCUUGAAGACUUCAAAUCCAACACCAUGCAUUGAUGACAUGUACCUUGAGGUUCGCGAUGGAUACAAUAAUUCUUCCAGUAUUCUUGGUGUAUUUUGUGGGAGAAACAUUUCUGGUGUUGUGCGAUCCAGUGGACAGAGCUUGUGGUUGAGAAAAUCAGAUACAUUCGAUUACCAUUUCAGCGGUUCGUACAGUAACAAAACAGCUAAUGCAACAGGCAAGUAUUGACUAACUGAAUUUUUUUAACCCACUAAAGACACAAUGUGCAUUUUGGGAGUUUUACACCUCUGAUAAAGGAAAAAUGGCCAUAGCUAGUGCUUCUUGUACUCAACUGCUUUUGUAAUUGCGAAGAAUAAUUAUUUUUUUAUUUUUUUCCAGUCAAACCCAACCUUGAUAAAGUGGCCGAGACUCAGUUCGUUCUUCUCAAUCAUUCCUCAUCUCUUUGGUGUCCAGCAAAAGGAGCACCGGCACCGGUCAUUGUUUGGAGAAAGAACGGCACUGUGGUACAGAACAGUACAAGUGUACAGUAUAAGCUGAACAUCACUGGAGAAAACAAUAACAAUUACAGUUGUGAGGUGAACACACAGGAUGUUUUUGACAAGAAACAAAUCCGUCUUGUCAUUGAGAGUGAGUUUUAG